GUUAGUAGUAAAAUAGAAAUAACAAAGAAUACAAGUUUCUAAAAGUGUUUGUGUGAAGUGUCCAGAAAAAAAUUAAAAUUAAAAUAAAUAAGAAAAAUAAAAUAAGAUACCACAAGUACAAGAUGUAAACUUUAUACUAAUAAUAACAAGAAAGUUAAACAGGAAGUGAAGUGACGUAGGAGUAAACAUGAGUCUACUAGGAAACAGUCUGAUGAUAUUAAACAUGGAAAAGUUUGCUGAUUCUGUAUCACUGCUAAUUGAAGUUCUAACCUUUGAAUUUCUAUGAUCAGACACUUGCUUGUAACAUCAAUGCAUUUUGUUUUGUAUAUUUUUUUUGUGACAUCAAUGCAUUUUGUUUUGUAUAUUUUUGUGUGUUUCUUACACAAUUUAGAAAUCUACGGUAUUUCCUGGGUAGAGUUACCAUCACAGAUAGUUGAUAAAUAAAAUGGCUCCCUCUGCUGGUGAGAAAAUGAAACAUCAGCUGUUGAUCAUUUACUGACAAGGAAGAGAAAUAAAACCGAAAGUUGACUUUGUUUUUGUUGAAUGGAGGUGAAACGUCGUUAUGGAAUAUCUCAGCUGGAAAAUGAACUAGAAAGACUGUAAACUGCAAUUCUACAACACCAGUGUUUGGUGAUUCUGACUGUUGAUGGAGAAUUCAUUCAAACACCAGCAUCUAAAGGAGACACCAUUAACUGCAGUUUUAUUUAAAUCAAGUCCACUCACAAGACAAGGAAACACAAAUUAAAGUUUAUGUUGCUGAUCAGAGCGGAGACGUUUUUACUUCUGUACCGAAGAACAGGAACUAGGAGGACUGGAAGUCAAAGGGACUGUGUUUUGGUGAGUCUUGUUAUAGAAAAGAAAUCUGGAAAUCAGUGGAAAUGGCUGAGAAAACUGCUCUUUUAGAAAGUUACCUGAGUUGCCACGUGUGUUCAGAGACUUUCAGAGAUCCUGUUUCUCUGAGCUGCAACCACAGUUUCUGUUCAAGCUGCCUGCAGAAAUUCUGGGAACAAACUAAAAACAAAAACUGUCCCAUUUGUAAAAGAAAAUCCUCUAAAGAUCAUCCACCAGUGAACUUUACACUGAAGGAACUGGCUGAUUCCUUUGCUGGGAGACAGAAAACUGGAUCAUCUGAAGCAGAAAAAGUGGAGAAGAAAGUGGAGGUGGUGUGUAGUAAACAUCCAGAAGAACCUAGAUUGUUCUGUAAAGAUGAAGGUAGAGCUGUUUGUCCUGUCUGUGAGUUUUCUCUCCACCAGAAUCACAAAGUGGUUCCUAUAGAAGAAGCAGUCAGUGACCUGAAGGAGCAGCUGAAAUGUGACUUAAAGUCUCUGCAGGACAAGAGGAACAAAUACAAACAAGUGGAGGAAACGUACAGUGAAAUGAGAGAACACAACAAGAAGCAGCUGUUGUCCACAGAGAGGCAGAUCAGAGCAGAGUUCAGCAAGAUCCAGCAGUUCCUGAAGGAGGAAGAGGAGUCCAGACUGGCAGCUCUGAGGGAGGAAGAGGAGCAGAAGAGGAAGACUAUCAGCAGAGAGAUGAAGAGGAUCCAGGAGCAGAUCUCCUCUCUGUCAGACAGCAUCUGUGCUGUUGAAGAAGAGCUGCAGAAACACAAGGUGGCGUUCCUCAUUGGUUAUAAAGACGCUCAGACCAGAGCCAGAGCCCAGAGAUCACUGUCAGAUCCACAGCUGCUCUCAGGAGCUCUGACAGAUGUGGCCAAACAUCUGGGCAACCUGUCCUUCAGAGUCUGGGAGAAGAUGAAGGAGAAGGUCCACUUCAGUCCUGUCAUUCUGGAUCCAAACACUGCAGCCUCCUGGCUCUAUGUGUCUGAUGAUCUGACCAGUGUGAGAUGUGGAGACACAAAGCAGCAACUUCCUGAUAAUCCAGAGAGAAACACUAAAUAUCCAGCAGUUCUGGGCUCUGAGGGCUUCAGUUCAGGGAAACACAGCUGGGAGGUGGAGGUGGGAGAUCAUCCUGACUGGAGUGUGGGUUUGGCUAACGAGUCAGUUGACAGGAAGGGAGAAUGUGACCCUUUACCAGAAUAUGGAAUCUGGUGUUUAUGGCAUGGUGAUGGAAAAUACUUUAAUGCUGUUGGUCAGACUGUCAAAGUGAAGAAGAGUCUCCAGAGGAUCAGAGUCCAGCUGGACUAUAACAGGGGGGAGAUUUCCUUCUACAACCCUGAAGACACGACUCAGAUCUGCACUCAUAGAGACACUUUCACUGAGAAACUCUUCCCAUAUUUCAGUGUUGGAGAGUCUGGUGAUGCUAAAACUACUGACAUCAAAAUCUGUCCCUCUGAGAUUUCUCUGUGAUGAUCAGGAAAGUUAGUUAAUCGUCCAAACUCUCAUCUUAAAACCAUAAAAAUAACUCCAGGUUUAUUUCACUCUGAACUCAUCGUCACACUUUACAGUCAAACCUUCAUUCUUGACCUUCAGAUUUUUCAUUCUGUCUUUAAAACACAUUUGAUGUCACUUCAUAGUUUUUAUCACUGAAAUCUGUUAAACAAUCAAAUUGAUUUUCAUCAACAAAACUGUUAAAAAGUUCUGAAAUCACAUUUUAUAUACUUUGAAUUCAGUGUCUGUUUAAAUGAGAUGAGAAGAAGAAGUAAAAGAUCCACUAAACACUGAAACUGGAUCCCAUCAUCAGUUUAAAGGUGAAAAUGGUUAAAUCUGUACAAAGUGAAGCUGAUGAUUUAAAUGUAGAUUAUUAUCCUGGUUAGCAGCAUCUGCUUGUUUCUGCUUGUUUCACUUUUUCUUUUAUUGUCAUCAGUCGUGUUUUUUAUUUGUGAGAUUUCUUCAUUUAUUGUUUGGUUCUUUUAGUCUUGGAAAUGUUUUGUGAUGUUCACAUUUUCAACAUUUUUGGGAAAUCUUUGAACAUUUCUUGGUGGAAAAAACGAAAUGUUAAAAAAAAGUUUCUUUAAGAACAUUCACAUAAAAAUCAACCAAAAUCCAGCGAAUUUUGCUGAAUUUUGGUUGAUUUUUUUGUGAAUGUUCUUAAAGAAAAUAUUAGAAGUUUUAAUGAUAUAUAUGGAAUCACUGUAGAUAUUUUUAGGAUUUUUUUGGAAGAUUUUUACUCAUUUUUUGUAAAUAUUUCCAAGAAUUUUCUUGCCAAAUUUGGGGGAUUUUUUUUUUUUUAAAUAAAACUUUUAAGGGAAACUUUAAGGAAUUAUUGGAAUUUUCUUCCUGAAGGUUUUGCAAAUUUUCAGAAAUUUGGGGAAUUUAUUUUUGCAGAAUUUUUGGAUUUUUUUCAGACAAGGAAACAAUAUUUUUUGAUGCCUGUAAAUGAAGACAACAGGAGGGUUAAUCCAACUGUUUCUGCUUCUUUCUGAAAUGAAUGAUGUAAAGUCUCGUCGGUUUAUUUUCUCGUUUCCAUGGAAACUCGCUGCAGUAACAUGAAAACACAAACAGUUGUUUUUAUCUGGAAAUCAUUUUUUAAAGACUUGAGCCUUCAAGGAUUUUGUUCUUUUCUUUAUUAACAAUUUAAUCAAGAUGGAAACUCCUGUUUUUAUAAUAAUCUGACUGUAGAUGGAAUUCUCCAGAAUAUUUUCUCCUGUUGUUCAAUAAACCCUCUGAUGGUUUUGUAAUCUGA